AUGUUUGAACUUAUAUCCUUGCCUUAUAAAGAUCUUUCCCCUUAUAUUUCUGCCAAAACACUCUCUUAUCAUCAUGGUGCCCAUCAUAAAGGGUACGUUAAUGCUCUUAAUACCCUGAUAUAAGGCACAGAUUAUCAAGGUCAAUCUCUUGAAGAAAUUAUACUUUCAAAUUAGCAAAAAGCUGUUAAAAUAUUCAAUCAUGCAACACAGUUAUGGAAUCAUAAUUCCUAUUGGAUAAUCUUGACUGCAGCCUUUAAGAAAAAUUCACACAACCUUUAAACCAAUCGAAAAAUUGUUCAAAAAUUUUGUUGA